AUGAACGCCACGCGGAAGAAAUGCUACCGACUUUCUAUUCGGAGUUCAAAUGCUCCUUUCGAAAGUACUAUCGUGAAACAUGCUGAGGCUCAUAUGAUUGAUAUGAAGGAAACGGAACACAUCGCCUCGGGAAUGUCCUAUCUGCCGCACGAAAUCAUGUUCCAUGAUCAAGGCCUCAUCAUGGACUCUGGUUAUCGAGGAUUUGUUUGUGCUGGAUUCGAGGCAUGCGGAGAGGCCCCCCGUAUUUCUCUCCGAGGUUCUAUUUCCGCGUUGAAGCGGAAACAGGAAAUGACGAAGCGAUCUGCUGUUUGUGUUGCCUUUGUUCUCGUUGUGUCGGUUUUCUCGUCAUCAAAUGCGUCGAACUCUUGGAAAUUCCGGGAUUCUAAGACGCAACAGCCUCGCCCGCACAUUGUUUUCAUCAUGGCAGACGACUUGGGCUGGAAUGACGUGAGCUUUCACGGGUCCGAGCAGAUCCCAACACCGAAUAUAGACACCCUGGCAUCAGCAGGAAUUAUUUUGAACAAUUAUUAUGUCAACCCAAUUUGUACCCCGUCCAGAAGUUCGUUGAUGACAGGUCGACUCACGACUCAACUCGGAAUGCAACACGAUGUCAUCAGCAUGGAUGAACCCUGGGGUCUACCAUUGAAUGUGACAUUGCUGCCGGAACAUCUCGGAAGACUGGGUUACAGACGUCAUAUUGUUGGAAAGUGGCACCUUGGGAAUCACAAAGCUGCCUACACGCCAACCGCGAGAGGUUUUGAAACACACUUGGGGCACUGGGGCGGUUACAGAGACUACUAUGAUGCCACGUCAGAAAUUGGCAUUAAAGGGAUGGUGAUGAGAGGCCGUGAUUUGCGUCGUAACAUGGAGCCGGCAACUGACAAACUCGGCGUCUAUGCCACUGACCUCUACACCAGCGAAGCCCUGAAGAUUAUUCAACACCAUGACCCGACUCAAUCUCCUUUGUUCCUCUAUGUCGCCCAUGCUGCUGUCCACGCUGGUCUCUGGUCCAAUCCUCUCCAGGCCCCGAGAGAUACGAAAGCAACGGGUUGGGAAGGAGGGGUUCGAGGCGUUGGGUUCAUUUGGAGUCCCUGGUUGAAAUCGAGUGGCCGAGUUUCGAAUCAACUCAUGCACAUGGUUGACUGGUUGCCCACUUUGUUUUCUGCUGCUGAAAUGUUCUACCUGAGAUCGUCGUUUGCUGUAGGAUCUAGUGCCACAGCAUUAGUCACAUUGAGCAUGAAGGAUUCUGAGAAGAUGCUUGUGGUUGAAUCACACAUUUCCACAGAAGUUGGAAGGGAUGGUUUGGGUGGAAUGUUGCUGAUCCAGGCGCCAAUUGCCAACCAGGCCACAAAUACCAUUCCAGAUAACAACCCAGCUAAUCCUCCCUGA